CAAUUGUUUCGAACUUGCUCUUUUUUUUGGAAUGGAGUAUUUAUGGAAUCCCCAUAACCCAUAAAUAGGGUCAAACCUUAUUUCAUGGUAUUUACCUCUUUCUUAUUCUUAAGCAAGUCCCCGAGAGGGCGUAAAUGAUCCUGUAUGGUCUCUUUAAACAUGUAUCCUGAGCAGCAGAGUUUCUUUCUUCCACACAACUCUUACUUAAAUUAUUUUGGGAACCAUUCCUUUCCAUCACCCUCUGCAGGGAACUUCGAAGGGAGAGAUCUACUCUGUCUACUGGAUCUGUUGCAGCCUUCCAGCCUAAGAUGUUUACAUCCAGCUCUGCCCCAAACUCAAAUGGCGGUAAUUCAUUUUUGUCAAAUAUGGACUGUGCAUGGCUUAUUAACCUUUUCGUUGCAGCUCACUCCAGACAUUGUUGGUUUUCUGACAGGGUCAUCAACAAACUUGUAUAUAUCUGCUCAACAUAAUCCCGGAAAAUUUGGCGGGAGAGGAGGGAUUUCGGGCUUAGCUUAUCAAAACCCAAGUGACAAUAACAGUGGCUUGCUUUCUUUUAAGCCAACACCAAUGAGUAUCUCUCCUGCUGAAGAAGAUAAUAAUAACUCUGUGCAUAGCGAUGUAGUAUCCUUAACCCAUGGCUCGCCUUCUCCCGGAAGAAAUAUGGGAAAUGAAGGCAGGUCAACAAAUAGUGUUCUGACCAGUGCAUCUUCAAAUGCAAGCUCCAAUCGUUCUGAUGUGAGUGCAAAUAUUAUAGACGAGGGAAUGAUGGUGAAUGAGUCGCCAGAUUUCGAACAGCUUUUCCAGGAGGGCUACUGUAAAGUUGCUGCCCUCUCUGAAUGCUGUGAAUCCAACAAGGGCAAAGUCGUCAAUCCAUCGGAUAACAAUGCCAGUCCUCAAGGAUUGGAGAAGCCUGAUGAUGACGAUGAUGAUGACAUGCUCGGAGGUGUCUUUGCUUUCUCAGAGGAGGGUUAAUGUCAGCAUCCUCCGGUUGUGCCAUAGCUGGCUGAUGAAAGUCGCAUUCUGCCUAUUUGUGAGAAGUGUCGGCCACCGGAGGAGGGACGUGGAGGGAGGGGGUGUGUACUAAUUGGGAAGGCCACAAGCGAAAAAUCGCUUUGCAAACCAGUGUGUGGCAAUCAAUGGCUACUGACUUAUGUGAAUUCCAGGGGAAAGAGAAGAGGGUCAUUGCAUUUGGCAAGAAUCUCUGUCGAUUUGCUUCUUCUAAUUCUAGUUGUACAUGUUGUAAAUUCCAUAAAAAUUCACAGGAUAUAGCUUGAUUUGUGUGGGGGUAAAAGAAGGGUUCUCUAUGUGUUGUGUAACAUUAUUAUUCAUUCUUGGCAAAAAGGAAAAAAAAAGAGGAAAAAGUGGAUGAAAAAUUAUUUGCAAUAAAGAAAGGAACACCGC